ACUCAGGAAACUGACCCUUGACGAUUCGAAAUCGAAGCCGGCGAUGCGCGGGCACACCCUGCAUUCGGGCCUCCCUCACUUGUACGCGUGACACAGUACGGCCUAACGUCUGUCACCUCACUUCAAUGCAAAGAAGAAGAAAACAUCCGUCUUCCAGCUAGAUGUCUCCCGUGCCGUACUAUGGACCGCCGGGCCAGAUACAGCAGACGAACACCGGGCCUGAUCACAACCCCGACCAGCGGAUGACCCAUUACCUUUACCAUACCCAAGUCAAUUCCCCGUUCAGAUCCGCCCCCAAUCACCAAGGUAUCCGUACAGAGCGGUGGGUUUUGUAUUGGAUGCGGCAGAGACUUCAAGGCCAAGCCUCAGUCAACCUGACUUCCUACCCAGGGGAACGUAUUGUGGCGGAUACACAUGUCAGCCAACUGGAUGCUCCCCGCCAGCGAGCUAGUCAGGAUCAAGGGCGAAAAGGGACAGCAGAGGGAAUUCAGACAUUCACUGCGAAAGCGUCACCAAUAGUUGCGCCCCAGACUCUCAAUCGCAGCCACUGCGAGCAGCAGUUUGAGUACAUAAUCUCUCUCCAUCAACGGCCGCUCCGUCGAGAGUCCAGCACCUGCCACUGCAUACUUUCGUCCAUUUCCGCAGACAGCCAUCCUUCCUCGAUCUGGACAUGAAACGCCCGUGCCGAAUCGUGGCCUUUGGGGAUCUCGACCACUGUCAGUUGCAACACCACAUCCGUCCCUUCAUUGGCACGACACGGGGAGGCGCUAGCUUCGCCUUGCGUUGCUUGCCUUACCUGGCAUCGAGCAGGCGAGGGCGACGAGUUACAACGUCAGGUCAAGGCUUACUGGCUCAGGAGUCAGGGAGUACCAGACGAGGCACCGGCAGUUGGAGGGAUGUGCAUGUUAAAUCUCGAUGAACUGAAUCCGAGAUGACCGCCGGCCGGCUAUGCUACGCUGUCUUCGUGUGUUCCUUG